GAACUGGUGGAAAGUGUACCUCAAAAUUUAACUUACCCGGCCAAAGCAAUUCAUUUAAACAGCACUUAUCAAGCUUGGAUGAAACUCAUCAAGUCUGCUCAGCACACCAUCGAUAUUGCCUCCUUUUACUGGACGCUGCAAGGUUCUGACACCAGCUUUCAUGAUAAUUCAGCAAAUGAGGGCCAAUCAAUAUUUCAUCAAUUACUAAAUGCUGGUACAAAGAGAAAUAUAUCUAUACGCAUUGUCCAGAAUGAGCCAAGCAAAAGAAUGAAGGAUGUCGAUACCCAGGAAUUAAUGAAUAAGCAUGCAGCUCAAGUACGAAGUAUAAAUUUUACGCGAUUAUUACGUGCCGGAAUAUUGCAUACCAAAUUCAUGUUAGUUGAUAAUCGCCAUUUCUUAGUUGGAAGUGCCAAUUUUGAUUGGAGAGCCCUAACUCAAAUACAUGAGGUGGGUAUUAUGAUGUCUAAUUGCAAAACCCUGGCUACGGAUCUGCAAAAAAUUUUCCAGAUUUAUUGGAAAUUAAGCGAGCCUAAUUCGGUUAUUCCAUCUUCUUGGAGUCCCAAUUAUGAUACUAAAAUCAAUGUUAAUCAUCCUCUGAAUGUCCGCUUGAACAAAGACAAUUAUCAAGUGUACUUAUCGUCAUCUCCACCUCAAUUUUGCCCUCAUGGAAGAACUACCGAUAUUGACUCAAUUCUAGCAACUAUAAAGUCUGCUAAGAAGAGCGUUUCUAUUGCUGUUAUGGACUAUUCACCGACAACAUUGUAUGCACAUCCAAACAAGUACUGGCCAGUAAUUGAUGACGCUCUCCGAGAUGCCAUGUUUAACAGAGGUGUCAACGUCAAAGUAAUGGGUAGCUACUGGAAUCACACCAGAUCAAAUAUGAUACGAUUUCUUAAGUCGCUGGCUAGCAUAGACGGUACUUCCAAAGGAUCAAUGCAAGUUAAAUUAUAUAGAGUUCCUGUCUACACUGAAGAUCAAAGAAAAAUACCUUUCGCUCGUGUUAAUCAUAACAAGUACAUGGUGACUGAUUCAGUUGCUUACAUAGGUACGUCAAAUUGGUCGGGUGAUUAUUUUAUUAAUACCGGCGGCGUAGGCGUGAUAAUUAAACCACAGUCGGACCAUUCCAAGAAAUCGAUACGUGAUCAACUGCAAGAUGUCUUUGAUCGUGAUUGGUCAUCAGAACAUGCUGUUGAUAUCUUUAAAUUUAAAUCUGAUUUCGUUUGA